CCUAGGUUCGCUCCCGGCUUCUCUCCAGCAGUCGACUCCACGCCUCGCGCCUCUCGCGAGAGGAGGAGGCUCCACGGAGCGACUACUUCCGCCCUCCUUAGGGCCGUGGUCCCGUAGCUACCGGUAGCGUCGCCGUCGGCGACGUGCCCGCUUCCAAGAUGGCGGCGGCGGCGGCGGUGUCUCGUGCGCUUGGCCGGGCGGGCUGGAGGCUCCUGCAGCUGCGAUGCCUGCCCGUGGCCCGUUGCCGACAAGCCCUGGUGCCGCGUGCCUUCCAUGCUUCAGCUGUGGGGCUAAGGUCUUCAGAUGAGCAGAAGCAGCAGCCUCCCAACUCAUUUUCUCAGCAGCAUUCUGAGACACAGGGGGCAGAAAAACCUGAUCCAGAGUCUUCUCAUUCACCCCCCAGGUAUACAGACCAGGGCGGCAAGGAGGAGGAGGACUAUGAAAGUGAGGAGCAGCUGCAGGACCGCAUCCUGACGGCAGCCCUGGAGUUUGUGCCCGCCCACGGGUGGACAGCAGAGGCGAUUGCAGAAGGAGCCCAGUCUCUGGGUCUCUCCAGUGCAUCAGCCAGCAUGUUCGGGAAGGAUGGCAGUGAGCUAAUACUGCAUUUUGUGACCCAGUGCAAUACCCGGCUCACACGUGUGCUGGAAGAGGAGCAGAAGCUGGUACAGUUGGGCCAGGCGGAGAAGAGGAAGACAGACCAGUUCCUGAGGGAUGCAGUGGAAACCAGACUGAGAAUGCUGAUCCCAUACAUUGAGCACUGGCCCCGGGCCCUCAGCAUCCUCAUGCUCCCUCACAACAUCCCGUCCAGCCUGAGCCUGCUCACCAGCAUGGUGGAUGACAUGUGGCAUUACGCUGGGGACCAGUCCACUGAUUUGAACUGGUACACCCGCCGAGCCAUGCUGGCUGCCAUCUACAACACGACAGAGCUGGUGAUGAUGCAGGACUCCUCUCCAGACUUUGAGGACACUUGGCGCUUCCUGGAAAACCGGGUUAAUGAUGCAAUGAACAUGGGCCACACUGCCAAGCAGGUAAAGUCCACAGGAGAGGCACUGGUGCAAGGACUCAUGGGUGCAGCAGUGACGCUCAAGAACUUGACAGGUCUAAACCAGCGUCGGUGAGAGGAAGGGGUGUAAGCUACAAUGCCUAGAAGAGAAUGAGCGGACAGAUUGAAGAGCUUUGAAAAGUAUAAGGUGCCAUCCACAUAACCUGGUGUUCACGAGAACACGCUAAAGGACUCCUGAGUCACUACCACAGCCACCUGGAAACCACGAGGCAUUUGAUGCUACCGUUCUGGUCAGGGAUUGGGCUGCUUCUUCAGUUCCUAAUACCAGACCAAGCCUCCUGAUGCCUUUCUGCACUGCAACUGUGUGAUUGAAAAAUGAGAUGUUCAUCCAAGCAGUCAAGCCACAGAAACCCAGCAUGUCCCUGUCACAAUCUCAUGGGCACCUUGAUCAUGUCUUAACCUUCCCUUAACCUUGGGGCUCCCAAGCCAGAGUCAAGGUCUGACGCCACCUCAAGGUGACAGCUCAUCUCCAGCACAGCACAGGCGUGUGCACACAGAGGUGUUCCUUGCAGCCCCCUCCCUCUCAGGCGUCCUGAGAUGCUGCUCCUGGGAGCCCCCUCAGAAAACUGCCUCACCUGAGACAAGUGCCUGCUGGACAGAGGUGUGAUUCCAGGCCUGGUGUCACAUGACACCAGCAUGCAUUGCAGGAUUAUUAGUGUAUUUUGAGUCUGUAAAAAUAAUAAAUAUGUUUGAAGUAGUU